AUCCCCUCCUUCCCACAGAAAUUAAACUAUAAGCUCAUAUGCUUCCAUACUUCAUUUCGAAAGCAUGCGUCAAUAGUUGAAGGAUGUUGAAGGAGAUCUGAUUUGAUUGUUACCCUUUAGCGCAGUAUCACGGAAAAGUCAGACACAGUUUAUCACUCGUCACUGACUGAACUCAAGCUGUACUUCGAGUCCAAUACGCACUGGAGUCUUACACCCUCCGAUCUGAAUGCCCAGAGUUCUCCUCUCUCAGGCUCCAAGGGGACAGGAGGAGGAGCAGGUGGAUAUCUCUAUUAUGUGUCUUGGUGUCUCCAACUCCCCUCUCUGAGGAAAAGGUGUCAAGGGUCGCUAUACCAUCAACCACAAGCAGAACCUUCUGAAGGACUCUGGGACAUCCAAUCCCUGACCUCCACACUGUAACAGUGCACACAUCCCUGAGUAUAGAAACCCACCACGCCAUUGGACUAGGACAGUCACACUGAAGGGGCCAGAUGGCACUGCUAGCCAAUCAGCUGAUGGAUUCAGCCAAGGUUCUAAAUGGCAUCAAUGGGAGGGUGGACCACCUCCCACAGUUCCUGAGGGUCCAGAACCAGGGUCACAUGACCCAGGUCAACGCCACCCAGGAAGACACGCACAAGAACAGGAAGUAUCCGUGCCCACUGUGUGGCAAGCGCUUCCGCUUCAACAGCAUCUUGUCGCUGCACAUGCGCACGCACACGGGCGAGAAGCCCUUUAAGUGCCCUUACUGUGACCACAGGGCAGCGCAGAAGGGCAACCUCAAGAUCCACCUGCGCACUCACAAGCAGGGCAACCUUGGGAAAGGCCGUGGAUGGAUCAGAGAGGAGAACAGGCUGCUCCACGAGCUGGAGGAGAGGGCCAUCCUGAGGGACAGGCACAUCAGGGGAGGUAUAGGUGGUCUGACCCAGCCACCACCACCCCACAUCCCCCAUCCCCAGCUCCAGCAGCCCCAGCUUGCCUCUACCACCACCCAGCUCCCCUUGACUUGCACAGGCCCUGGCCCUGUGGAGACCCUUUCACUGCCGUCCGCCUCCCCCAAGAUGACCACCACAGGCCAGGAGGAUCACACCCAGGCUCAACCUUCCACAGGCUUCCGCUGCUCCUUCUGCAAAGGAAAGUUCAGGAAGCAGGAGGAGCUGGAGCGCCACAUCCGGAUCCUCCACAAGCCAUACAAGUGCACCCUGUGUGAGUUCGCGGCCUCCCAGGAGGAUGAGCUCAUCAGCCACGUGGAGACGGCCCACAUCACCUCAGAGUCGGCCCAGAGUCAGAGUCCCGCGGUGGGCAGCGAUCGGGGCGUGAAGCCACCUGGUGGGAAGUUCCCCUGCAAGGUGUGUGGUCAGACCUUCAGCCAGGCCUGGUUCCUCAAGGGACACAUGCGGAAGCACAAGGACUCGUUCGAGCACUGCUGCCAGAUCUGCAGCCGGCGCUUUAAAGAACCCUGGUUCCUCAAGAACCACAUGAAGGUCCACCUCAACAAGCCGUCUGCUAACACCAAGCAGCUCCCUGCUGACCCUCAGGUAUCUGUUAGCAUGGCUAGAGUAGCCCAGGAUACCCACUACACAAACCUCUACUCCCAGUACAUCUCAAGCCUCCACAGCAGGUUCCUCUCCGCAGAGAGAGCGGGCCAGUCGGAGUUCCAGCAGAUCCUUGCCACAGCAGGUAUCGGGAUGAAGGUGAAGGAGAUGUUGGGUAGGAUGCUGGCACCAGGACACGAUUCAAUGACGGAGGGGGAUAAUAAUCCCUCUUUGUUGGGCUUGAAUCAUCUGGUGCCGCCCCUGAGCUCCAGCAGCAUGGAGUAUCAACUACAAGCUCCUGCCAAUGAGAGAAACAACCUAAAAAGCUACCCAGGCUGGCAGAUCAUGGCAUCAGGACUGGCUGUAGAUCAGGUGGACCUAUACACAGCUAAAGAACAGCAGCAGGCCUACCAGGCUGGGCGGAGGGUGUCACAUGAGCGACGGGCAUCUGUGCGCGACCCAGAGACCCAGGCUAUUAAUAGGACUAGUAGCCCAGGACUGAGCCAUGUCUUGGAGGAGAGCUCCAUAGGACCAGGCCUCUCUCAGACCGGCAGUACCCAUGAUAAUAGCAGCCUACUCUCCUCAGUCUCAGGUAAGGAGAAGUCCUACAGCUGUCUCUCCAGUGACUACACCAGCGCACAGUCAGCCUCUCUCAGUUACCAUCUGGAGGGCUUCCACCCCAACCAACACCCCAAGUGGAACCAGGACACCAGGGACAACAGAGCCACCUCAUCCCCACAGACCCCAAGCCCCAAGGACCGGAACCCUACUUCUGCCCUCUACAGUGGGGUGGAAGGCACUGAUGAGAACCGGAGAAACACAGGUACACUGCAAAUGGACAGGCCUCCCAACCUGCCCAACUCUUCCAACCUGAAUCUACACCGGGCCUAUGGAGGACCUCCAGCUAUUGAGGACAACAAUGUGAACCCACAGGGUCUUCAUCAAUCCAUACAGACCUUCAUCAAUGGCCUGACCAAUGGGCUGCAGGCACCCACUGGACAACACACAGCCCAGUCUGACACUGAUAGUGACCUGGAGAAGCCUAUAGAGCAGGAGGACCCACACACCUAUGACUCCUCAGCUCACAAUGGGGAUUGUACACUGGAGAGACCUGUGUUCAACAAAGAGAGGGAAGAAAUGGCACUCAACAAGUGGAGGAUGAUGAAGAGUAGCAGCAACGAAGCAGGGCUGAGUGAGGAGAUGACAGAGAUGAUGGUUGGCGGUUCCCAGGGGCCCAGUGAGGCCCCUCAGUGUACCCAGGAGAAGCAGGGCCAGUGGGGCAGGUCAGUCAUCCAGCCUCUCCUCUCUCCUCUGGAGCUGUUGAAGCCAGGGCAGACUCCUCACCACUACCUCCAUCACCACAGGAACCUCUCAAUCCUCCGGUCCUCCAGUGGCCAGAAUCACACGCUCCUCAAUGGCCAUGCAGCUAGCUUGAAUGGUGGAGGGGGAGGGCCCAUGGAGAGAGCAGAUACUUCAAAGCUCAGCGCUGUGUCAUCCGUCACCAUUCAGCUCCUCCCCUACAGCCCCGCCACUGUCAUCAUGGUUAUUAUCUCUGCCUGA